AUGUCAACCAAACCAAGUGAGACAGCAGUUCUACGGCCGUCACUUAAGAGACAGUCAACACAGGCUCAAGCUCGAUCUAAAGAAUCGGAUGAUAAGCGACAUGUUACUUUCGCAACUCCGAAAUUACCAUCCUUCAAAUGCAAUCUACCAAAACAACAACAAACUUUUAAUCAAAGUAUUUCAAAGCCGCGGAAACAAAAGUCAGUUGUUGAUGUGCACAGAAAACGCAUUCCUUCAGUGCAGCUUGCAGAGCUUCGUGCGAAGAAAAACAGACACAACGAACAAAUUGUACGUUUAUGUGAGGCUCAAGAAGCACUUGUCAGAUUAGAUUAUGUUAUCAGACGUUUGGGAAGGGAAGCAAAAGAACAAGAGGCAGCUGCUACAACACUGUUGCAGAGUGCGAUAUCGCUAAUUGAAAUUGAUGUAUUGCGCAGUUUCGAAAAGCAAAGAAUCGGGAAUUUGUUAGACAGUGUUGGACAACAGCAACAUAAAGUCGUGCAGGAAUUGCGUGAGGAGUUUGUUGGAUUUAACGAAAAAAUAGCUGGUAUUGGAAAAAUGUUGGUAGCAGUUAAAAAAUAUAAUGAAAUGCUUGAUAUGCAGUUUGCAUCCGCAGAAAAUGAGGGAGACUUGUCGGUGGUUGAAGAAAUGAAGUUGUUGAGUGCUGAUGUCAGAUUGUAUCUUGAUAUUCUCGAUUCUUUGCAGAAAUUUCAUUUGUAA